AUGGUCGCCGCCGCCGCUGCUGCUGCUGAUGCCGCCAACGGCACGGCCAGCAGCGCCCCUAACCUCGAGCCUAUCUCGGGGGCCGGUGAUGACGAUAUCGUAGAUGACGACAGCCUCAACGACCCUUACGGCGAGGACGACACCGAGGCGGCACCCCAGCCUGAGCCUCAUCCACAGCAGGAGCUCCCAGACAGCAAUGACGACUACGCAAAGACCUUUGAUUCCCCGAUUGGGCCGGAGGAGGGUGAGGACGGGGACAUUCAGCCAGAAGAUGUAUCAUCGAUGCCCCGAGAAUCCAACCAAGUUUCUCUUUCAUCCGAUCACUUGACAAGUCGCCCAUCAGAAGUCUCACAUGCCGUUCCUGAAUCAUCAUCAGCCCAGCCAGGCGAGCCCGUGGCAACGGCCAUUUCCAACGCUUCGUCCGAAGCCCAUCUCGGCGGUGCUACGACGCCGGCCACAUCGCAGCCCUCCAACCAGCCGACAUCGUCUCCAGCUACAGCCAAGGCGGACUCCAACGCCGCUGGUUCUCCCAGUGCCUCAACUGAUAUUCAACGGCUCGUCGCCGAUCUCACUGCUCCUGCUGAGCCCAGUGCCAGCGCAGAUCCAUCUCCUCUAUCCGCCAAAGGUGAACCGUCCGCUGAACCGGGACCUUCGUCUUCAGCGUUCCCAUCAUCCGCCUCUCUUCCUCCGAGGCCCCCCCAGUCGCAAGCCGCGCCCCAGUCGUAUGCCUCGCAGCACCACCCAGGGGGCAUCAAUGCCAGUAUCCCCUCCAGUGUGGCCGCACCGCCGACCCCCGGUCAACCGUCCACGUACGUGGCUGCUGGGGCGCCGGCCACGGCCCCUGAUGCACUGGGCAAUUUUGCAACUCCUCCUGGCUCUGGUCUCCACGCACCUGUUGCCAUCACUUCCAUGAAUGCCCCUCCAUACCCGCCUCAGUCUGCCCCCUAUACUGCUGAUCGAGCUCAAGAUGCCGAAUACCAACGCCAGUGGGAUCAGUUCUUGGCUGAUGAGCGACAGUACAUGUCGGAGGCCAAGUGGGACCGCUUUCCUGAAGGCUCUCGCAUCUUUAUUGGUACACGAUCCGCGUCUGGCGCGUCCAAAAACGGCGCUCACAUAUUCUCUACAGGCAACCUCUCGAGCGACAAGGUAUCGAAGCGUGACGUCUUUGAUCUGUUUCAUCGAUUCGGAAGGCUUGCCCAGAUUUCUCUCAAAUCUGCCUAUGGGUUUGUGCAGUAUCACUCGGUAGAGGAAGGACGGAGAGCGAUGGAGAAUCUCCAGGGAAUCGAGAUUAAGGGGCGCAGGAUCCAUCUCGAAGUAUCUCGUGUCCAGGACAAGUCCAAAAAGGAGAGAGCCCGAAGCCCGGAGAGAAACCGGGGGCGUGAUAGCGGACGCCGAAACGAACGACAUGGCCACCAGAACCGGGAUGAUUAUCGGCCAAGCCGCGGUCAGUCACCACGUCGUAAUGAUUACCAGAGAGACGAGUCCUAUGGCCGCGAUAGGGGCUUCUAUGAUGGUAACAGGGCACGGGGGCGGUCACACUCACCUGGCUACGGCCGCAACGACAAGGACAACUACCGCAGAAGAAGUCCAAGCCCCUAUGGGCGACCUCGGCACGAAGGCGAACUCGAACUUCCUAGGCGGUACGGCGCCGAUGUGCCAGACGUUCAAAUCAUUCUCCAGCCCGAUGUCAACCGCGACUUUGUCAACUGGGUGGAACAAGCCUUCAAGGCCAAGGGUCUACGGUCUGAGGUCAUGUACCUACAUCCCAGGAUCCCCAAGGAUGUUGUUGUUCAGCGACAAGCGGCCGAGGGUGUGCAUGCCGUGGUGGACCUCGAUCUCAGAGCGCAGAACCUCGGAAGGAUUCCAGUCCAGGCUUUCGACCGCUCAGCAGGCUCGAGUAACGUUCGGUUCGACCAGUACGUUGACCUGGAGCCUACUACUGCAGCUGAAGUGAUUAUACGGGCCAAAGCAUCAGGUCAGCCAAGCUACGGCCAGUCAUUCGGUGGAAAUGGCGGAUAUAGCAAUCCGUACGGUGGACAACCCCCUCACCAACCGCCCACAUCCGGGUUCCCAGCUGGCCCACCUCAGAGUCAGUAUGGCCAACAGCCUUCUGCAGCUGGUCCCGACAUUGCCAGCCUCGUGGGACAGCUUAACCCUGCCGCACUCCAGCAGCUGUUGUCGCAGAUCCAGCCAGGCGCCCAGAAUCCCGCUCACCCUCCCGCGGGAGUCUCUGCCCCCGCCGCGCCGCAGGUUGAUAUACAAGCAAUCCUGGGUAGCUUGGGUGGUAAUGCCGCUGCCCAGCAACCUCCUCCGAACUCUUACGGGGCACCUUAUGGAGCGCAGCCCCCGUCGAACGGAGCACCCCAGAACGGUGAUGCGGCAGUCCAGGUACAGAACAUCAUGGCACAGCUCGCUCGCUACCGACAGUGA